AUGGAAGGUUAUGCGAAAGUUGCUCACUUGAUGUCCAAGUACGAUGAGUUUGCAGUGCUUCGACGUUUCAAGAGGCUGAACAUCCAAAACCUACUCUACUCCCAAGCGGAGAUAAUCCACCUAGAGGAUAGCCUCUCACGGCUGGUGAAAAGAGACGCCGCUGAUACAGAGAGGGAGUUUUAUACAACGGACUGGUGGACUCUGGCUCAUGGCGAGGGCCAAAAUGGAAAGGAGCAAUGGAUAAUGGUGCGCAAACUAAAGAAGAAGCUCAAUCGAUAUAACGCCCGCCUUCUCAAACAAGUCGAAAUAUGCAACCUGGAGAGGCCCAGCUCAGUUGACCUCAGAACGCUAAGAAACUGGCUCGAAAGGCCAUCCAUGGGUGCAUUUCCCAUCAGGGGACUUGACCUAAAUGCGUGGGAUGAUGAGGACGACCUGGUAGCCAUAAAGCCCAGACUAUCGCCGGACCCGCUAUCAAGAUGGGUAAACGACGUGGUGUUUCCACUCAUACAUCGCUUCUGCGGCGAAAAGAUCAAAGAUCCAGAAGCUGCGGGAUUAGGAGACGGUAUAUACAAUUAUCGAGAAUCUCUUCUUGCUGGCUUGGUGAAAGUCGUGACAACGGUUGUUGCCUCGCUACUGCCGCUACUCUCUAUUGUCGUGCUGUUCAUGAUUGAGUCAGAUGAAAUGAAGCUGGGAGUCAUCGUGGCUUUCUCAGCCUUAUUUUCCUUGGCGCUCGCGUCAAUGACCAAUGCUCGGCGGAUAGAAAUCUUUGCGGCGACCUCAGCAUUCGCCGCUGUAAACGUUGUUUUCUUGACGAACGCCACAAGCACUAUCUCAGAGACGUAG